AUGCCACGUCUCAAGGAUCGCGUUUGGCUUCUCGGCAUGCUCAUCAUCUGCGGCGGGUUUGGCACCAUCGCUAUUGUCGGCUACCUGUCGCCCGUAGUUGAACUCAGCGGACUCGACGGCCGCUGCCGCAUCGGACUUCCGCCCCGCGUCAGCCUUCCGCUCCUGUGCUUCGAUGUAGCCGUCAACUUCCUACUUACUGGUGUAUUUUUCUGGCUGCUCCGACCUGUUUUGGAUUUCCAUGGCUUGUUGAGAUUGAGCACGUGGGUUGGCAACAAUUUCACUACGAAGAUCAAGAAGAGCGGGCAGAGGAGGGAGGUCGAACUUGAAAGUGCACUGGAAGGAGCGAGUAUGAAGAGCGCUAUGAACAAAAACAUCAAGAAAUUGCUGUGGAAGUGUCUCAUUGGAAGCACAUUAGUCAUGGUUCCCACAGUCGCAAACAUGACACAGUUCUACAUCAUGAACAGCAGAGAACUAGGCUGGGUCUGCCUAACAAUCUGCACCUUUGACAUCUCCUGGGGCGUCAUCAUAGUCAACUGGCUUACCAUCGGCUCCGCCGAAGCCGAGAACAACCUCUCAACCCUCAUGUCGCAGCGCACCCUCCGCUCCGACGCAUGGGGCAGCAAACCCGACUCCCACAUCCGCUUCGACGUAGGCCUCACCACCCACGCCGACGAACCACACCCGCAGGAAAUGCGCACGCGCCAGGCGUCCGCCACCACGGCUGAAGUCUUCGUCUUCUACAAUGCAGCCAGUCUGAAGGACGAAGGCGGUUUGCUCCGCCAGGACGGCGUCAGAGAGAGUUGGAUCAAAGAGACGGAAUGCCCGCCGCAUAUUGCACAGGUUCCCCCGCGGUUGGGCGACCCCGCGGCAAGCUGGGACGAGCCAAGUCAAGGGUGGGCGGAGGACAGCAAGAGUUGUUGGGUUACUGUUACUGUCAACGACAGGGUGGUUAGGGGGCAGCGGAGCGAGGAGAGCUUGGGGCCUGAAAGGAGCGCGUAG